CCUCUGUUGACCAAGAUGAGCACUAAAAAGUUAGCAGUCAAAGUUGUGAGGAUCAAGAUCUUUGUCCUCAGACCUACCAGGUUCUGGUGCCCAAGGUCUGAUGCUAUCAGGCAAUUGGUGUAAAUACUCUCACACACAAUCCACAGCCCAGAAUUCAAAGCCCUCAGUCCAGAAGCAACUGGGCCUCAGAGAUGUUUGCUCAUGACCUUUUGUCUCACCGCACCCUGGGGCUCUUGGGAGGAGCCAAGAUCUGAGCUGCAGUGCCAGGAUGCUGCUUCUGUCGGUACCCACGUUCAGCUGCCUCCAGGAACCGUCAUAUCCUUCUUUCUCAACCACGGGGUGCACAGAAUGGAAACUGCUCCCCCUUCUUUGGAAGAUCGUGUGAGGCCUGCCUUCUCAGAGUUGUGGCUAGAGACAGAGGCAGCAGCCUGUUUCUCAGGCUUUCUGUAGCCAGACUGUGGCGAAGAGUCCUCCAUGCCUGGAAGGCUGGAAGAUGGAAAGACAAGGGGUAGGCCAGGCUCUGAGGCUCUUCAGAAACUGGUUGCCUGGACUCCGAGCAGGAUCUCACCAGGACAAUCCAGGAGAAUCUAUAAAGGAACCAGAAAGGACUCAGGACCACUCUCUGCCCGUCUUUGCUGGGGGACAGCACUUCUUUGAAUAUCUUUUGGUGGUUUCUCUGAAAAAAAAGCGAUCAGGGGAUGACUAUGAGCCCACGAUCACCUACCAGUUUCCCAAGCGGGAGAACCUGCUUCGUGGUCAACAGGAGGAGGAGGAGCGGCUGCUCAAAGCCAUUCCUUUGUUCUGCUUCCCAGAUGGGAAUGAGUGGGCAUCACUCACUGAGUAUCCCAGGGAGACCUUCUCCUUUGUUCUGACCAAUGUGGAUGGGAGCAGGAAGAUUGGAUAUUGCAGGCGCCUCUUGCCUGCCGGCCCUGGCCCUCGCCUUCCCAAAGUAUACUGCAUCAUCAGCUGCAUCGGUUCCUUCGGCUUGUUCUCCAAGAUCCUGGAUGAAGUAGAGAAGAGGCAUCAGAUCUCUAUGGCUGUCAUCUACCCAUUCAUGCAGGGUCUUCGAGAGGCAGCCUUCCCUGCACCUGGAAAGACGGUCACCCUCAAGAGCUUCAUUCCCGACUCGGGCACAGAGUUCAUUUCACUGACACGGCCCCUGGACUCCCACCUUGAACACGUGGAUUUUAGCUCCCUGUUACAUUGUCUUCAUUUUGAACAGAUUAUUCAGAUCUUUGCUUCUGCAGUGCUGGAGAGAAAAAUCAUCUUUCUGGCAGAUGGUCUCAGUACCCUGUCUCAGUGCAUCCACGCUGCUGCUGCGUUGCUCUACCCCUUCAGCUGGGCACACACCUACAUUCCUGUUGUUCCCGAGAGUCUUCUGGCCACCGUCUGCUGCCCCACCCCCUUCAUGGUUGGAGUACAAAUGCGCUUCCGGCAGGAGGUUAUGGACAGCCCCAUGGAAGAGGUUGGUGAUGAAAAAGACAUCCUACCACCCAAGCUUCAGGAUGACAUCUUAAGCUCUCUUGGUCAGGGGAUCAAUGAGUUAAAGACUGCAGAACAAAUCAACGAGCAUGUUUCAGGCCCCUUUGUGAAGUUCUUUGUCAAGACUGUGGGUCACUAUGCUUCCUACAUCAAGUGGGAGGCCAAUGGGCAAGGUCGCUUCCAAGAACGGUCCUUCUGCAAGGCUCUGACCUCCAAGACAAACCGCCGAUUUGUGAAGAAGUUUGUGAAGACCCAGCUCUUUUCCCUUUUCAUCCAGGAAGCUGAGAAGAGCAAGAAUUCUCCUGCAGGCUAUUUCCAACAGAAAAUACUUGAAUAUGAGGAACAGAAGAAACAGAAGAAAUCAAAGGAAAAGACUGUGAGAUAAGAGAUGUGGUGAGCAGGAGUGAUUAGACUACAGGCCAGUUCUGGACUUUGGCCCUGCCAGUGUGGCAGGACCGGUGAAGCUGAGCCCCCAGAAUCCACAGCCUCCUUCUGAGUCCUGGUAACCAGGUCUUACUCCAUACUGGUGUGAGUUUGGGAUCCCCAGCACCUGCUUUUGAAGGACUUUGAGGGCUUUAACCGAAGCUCACAGAACUGUACUAAGCUGCAUUUAUUUUGGCAGAGGUAACACAGUGGGAAACUGUAGUACCGGUGUUGUAGGUGCUUGGUUAGAAGUUGCUGCAACUGCCAUCUGCUGGGAGCCACUUUUACUAGAUUUUCAACAGAGAAAACCGUUGUGACCCAAAGGCAUUGCUCCCCACUUUUUUAUAAAAAAGAGGUAUAUGGACAUGUGAGGAGAAUGAGAAUAAAGAUGAAAAUCUUGUUGCUAACAUGUGUGUCGUAUGGCCAUAUGAGGACAUACAGAGGGGAAUAAACUGAAGUGCAAGUGGAGGACCUGGUCAUGUGAGCAGUUUUUGGGGUCACAGAAUCAUAGGGGCCAGCAGUUCCACUUGGAGGAGCGAUAAGCGCAGAUACUGUAAGAGAAGCCGCGCACUAGACAAAGGCAACAGUCUGGUUCUAGUCAGGUGGGCUUCCAGAAUCCAGGGAGGACAGGCUGCCAGCUAGAAGGAGGCAGCUGCAGCCGAGGGUAGCUAGAGAAGAAUCUCAGGCCACAGAAGCUAGUAAAGAACACUACAUGGCUUCCAUAAAGAGGCCUUUUGCCAUAACCCGUCUGGACGUGUCCUUUUCCUUCAGUCUUAGAGCUCCCACAUCCAACUGCUUGUUAUUUUGAGAAGCCCAGCUCAACUCUUUAGCUAAAGGGAGGAUCCCUGAAUUGACAUUUUUUUCUUUGAGAUCACAGAAUCACAAUUUUAAGAACCCAAAGGAUUUUAAUGGUCACUUUGUCCCUCCUCCCUCUGUACCAGAUGGCUUAUUUGAAAACCACAAGAGAAGCAAACAUUGUCUUUCAAAACUUCCACCUUUUUAAAAAUGUUUUUAUUCAAGUGUGACCCACAGAGGUCUCUGAAUUCUACACAAAGAAUACAAAUGUUUUUGGAAUACUGAACUCAAGUUAAGCCAGUGUAAUUUGAUCUGGGGAGCACAGAGACCUACUGCAGGUGGCAAAUGUCCUUAAUGUCUUCUACAGCUAGAAAGAAUCAUAUCUUUUUGAGGUAGUUUAUUGCAGAGGCCCCUAAACAUAGUUGCACCUUGAAAGGUUUCAGUACAAGAACCAGAAUCUGAUGAAGCUUAUGAAUAUAUGGGGGGCUCUGUCCUUGAUCUACCAAAUCAUCUGUAGAGAUCUGACUGGAAGAGGCAGGCAACCACAGCAUUGGGAGGAGUCCCAGGUCAGCUUGGGCUAUACAGUGAUCGCUAUCUCAAAAAAAAAAGACAGGACCUGGAACUCCUUUUUCUUUUUUGAUGGUAUUGUGUGGUUUGAAUUUAAGGCCUUGUGCUUGCUAGGCACUUGGUCACUCCUCCAGCCCGUCUGCUUAAUAUUUUAGGUAGGGUCUCGAGUUUCAGACCAGGGCUAGCCACAGACCACGGUACUACCGGUCUUGCCAAGGAUAGUGGGCAUGGACCACCAUGCCUACCCUAGAAACCUACGUUUUCUAAAAUUGUCUUUUUGGUGAUUUUGGUACUUGGCUAGGUAAAUGAACACAAGAAUCAAGGCCAGUUGAGGUUUUUACAAAUGUGCCUUUGAUCUGACGCAGAUAUCUAGGGCUAAAGGAAGCACACAAUGAAUAUUUCAGUGUUUCUCAGACUCCCUUUAUGCUGAAAGAAUCUAGCCUACACAUACUUCAAUUAGCCAUAACAUCUUGGUUUGCAGCUUUACUUCACAAAAGCCCAGUAAGGUGUGGUACUGGACCAGAAUUCAGAUCUGCAUUCUAGACUACAUUCUGAAAAAUAUCAAUACUGUGUGACAGUGGUACAUCGUCAUCUUCUCCAGGCCUCAAUUUCCACAGGAGAUAAUGAACACCUAUUCUGUCUGUUGAAAUAACUUGAGUAAGACAAUAGGUGCAAUUAACCAUGCCACACAAGAAUUAGCUUCCUAGAUGUUGAAGACAUUGCUAGCAAAGUCAGUGAAAGAUUUCCUUUCCUGCUACAGUCUAGCAAAGAAAUUAAAUAUCUACCUUUCACUGGUAAUCCAGAUCUAUAAUAAAUUGAUGGGACCUUAAAGGUGCAAGAAAGCACAAUUGUGGCUGGUAGGUAAGGCAAUGCAGCUACUGUUUUUAUUCCUGAUAACAGAACAAGGUAUAAAUAGAAGUCGAUAAUAAAGUACCUUAUUUUAACUCUAAACUUUUUCCUGUCUCCCUCUUCAUUCAAGCAAUGGGACAUCAUGGAUAACUGAAGCAGAUCUGGUUCACAGAGGACAUGUUCCUAUUUCAAACUAUAAAAUACAGAAAAGCAGAAUGCCAGAAAAGGAGUGCAAAGGGACCCCCAUGGACUCCCAGACAAUUACUGAAAAUGUGGGGGAA